AUGUGUGUAAGUAUCAGUGUGUUGGCGAAUUUGAAAUUUGACGAGGGAUGUUCACCAAAAUUAAUAGAAUGUACGGCCAACUGGAAUACAUCUAUUCAGGCAGCCAAAACUUUAGAUACACAAUGCACAGCUGAUAAAGGUUAUGAAGAUUGUUUACAUGACUCUGAAGUAUUUUGUACAUCUCAAGAAAAGACAAAUGUAGAGACUUUGUUGAAACUAAUUGCACCAAAAAUAACCGAACACUGUGGAGGAGAUUUGAAAGUGGCAAGAGAUGGAGAUAGUUUAAUUGUCUCUGGUAAUCUGUUCCAUAAAGAAGCUGCUGUAAAGCUGAAGGACCUUGCUCCAACAGUUCGAAGAUUAAACACUGGUAUAUUUAGAAGAUGUUUAGUUGAAGAGCGUAGGGAACGAGUUGGUGCAUAA